GUCAGCAAAAUUCGGCAGUUCGGCUAACCUGCUCCAUCGCCGCCGAAGGGAGCGGCAAGGCCGGCGCCCAUGGCCACCAUCCUCACCGCAUCCUCUUCCUCCCCCACUCCUGCCCGCGGCGCUGCGCCAGCAAGAACCUGUCGCUCCAUCGCCGUCCGUCGCCCAUCCUUUCCAUAUCGCUGCCGUAGUUGCCGCGGCAAGAAACCAAGCCCUGGACCCACUGCGUCACCGUUGCUCUUGCUCCCGGAGAGCUCCCUCCCGCUGUGGCUGGACCGGUGCCUCCACGCGCUGGUCACUGCCGCGCUCGCGCUCGCGCUGUCUGGCCUGCCGCUUCUCCCGGCUGCCCACGCCUCCUCCUCCGUGGGUGUGCGUUCACCGCUGGACGCCGCCGCGUACCCCUGCGAAGAUGUCAGGCGCUACUACGCUGGCCUUGAAGGCCUGGCUGGCGACGAGCUGAGGGCGAAGCUCGCCGCCGUCGUCUCACCUCACACCGCCCUGCGGUACAAAGAUGUGUGGGAGGCGCUCAAGAUUCUCGAUGCAGCUGAUGCAGAACACCCUGAGGCAUCAUCUAAAGUGAUUGAGAUAUACUCGCAGAGAGCAGUGCCGAAGAUCUUAGCAGGCAAACCAGAUGGAUGGAAUAGGGAACACCUAUGGCCUCGAUCAUAUGGCCUAAGUUAUGGACCAGAGCUAACUGAUCUUCACAACAUACGUCCUGCAGAUGUCAAUGGUCAGCUAGUAAACUCUUCAAGGGGAAACAAAUAUUUUGGAGAAUGUACUGCCACAUCAAUAAAUUGUGCACGACCAGCAAAUCGUGAAGCCGCAUCUGACACCGAGACAGACGCUGAAAAGUGGGCACCUCCGUAUCAGGUGCGUGGAGAUGUAGCUAGGUCCCUGAUGUACAUGGCAGUAAGCUAUGGAUCUGACCAGGAUGGAACACCACAUCUGGAACUUUCUGAUUCACCAAGUAUUCAAAGAAGAAACAUGGGUCUCCUAUCAGCUCUUCUACGGUGGAAUGAACUUGAUCCGCCAUCAGGACCUGAGCAGCUUAGAAAUGACAGAGUCUGCAGCCUUUACCAGCAUAAUCGAAAUCCUUUUGUUGAUCAUCCAGAAUAUGCAAAUCUUAUAUGGAGGAACCCUCCUGCCGAAAGUUCACCUUUCACAGGGAAAACACAGAAGGCUUGGAUCAAUGAGUUCCACUAUGAAAAUAAAGGCAAAGAUGAGAAUGAGUUUGUUGAAUUAGUGAUACAUACAUCUUUAGAUGCAAAGGAUCUCAUUCUUGCACUGUAUAAUGGAGCAAAUGGGCGAAUGUACUGCUCUCUUAAUCUAGCAGACAGGGAAGCCUUCACUGUCACAGAAGGCAGUUCUGAUUAUCUGUUAUACACAGUGCGUACACCUCUCCAAAAUGGACCAGCUGAUGGCAUAGCUCUAGUCUACUGUAGAGACAUGCACCAAGCUGAAGUCUUGGAAUUUUUGUCCUAUGAAGGGAGCCUGAGAGCUGAGGAUGGACCUGCCAAGGGUUUAGUCUCCACAGAUAUCAUGAUCAAGGAGACUGAUGAGUCAUCCAAUCAAGGUUCGCUGGGACUUACUGGGAGCAAAAUUCUAGAGUUUGCAUGGAAAACGAUAGCAGGGAGUGCAACACCGGGGAAGCUGAAUGCUGGACAGAUGUUCUAGUGCAAUUUACCAUCUGUCCACGGGAAACCCCAAAAUUGGAGGAGGUAGCAAACAACUUGUACAACUGAAGGUUAUUCAGGUCUGCAACCCUGAUUUAUAGAUCAUAAGUGGAAGCUAACGUUAUUUGGCAUUCCUUCAUUUGUGACUUCUAAAAGAAAAGGAAGACUAAACAUACAAUGAACAAAACUUCAGCAUGUUCCAUUAUUGAGACUAAUUGCCCCAUGGAGGCGCUAUGGACAUACAGGAGUUUGAGGUCCAAUUGAUAUGCGAAUAAGCCAAAAGAUCAAGUAUUAUUUUCUUCAAAGAAUUGACAGCUGGGUUCCUAUUAAUUUUCAUCAAAACACCUUACGACACCUAUUGAUGGACUUGGAAGUGAAUGAAUUCGUUGAUGGCUCUGUAGAUUGUAGAUGGGCUCUUUUUAUCGUUCUGAAUUUCUGUAUGGUUUUCAUGCAUGAACCAGCAUGGUUGGUAAACAGUGUGAUUUCAGUACACGCCAACGUGAUAGUUUAUAGACA